AUGGGGGCCCCCAUGGAGGCCCUCAUGGGGGCCCUCACGGGGGCCCUCACGGGGGCCCUCAUGGGGGCCCUCAUGGGGGCCCUCACGGGGGCCCUCAUGGGGGCCCUCACGGGGGCCCUCAUGGGGGCCCCCAUGGAGGCCCUCAUGGGCCAGGGCGGCAUCCGGGGCAUCCAUCUAUGGGCGGCCGCCAGCCGCACCCGUACCGCGGGGGCCCUGAUAACUACAGGAUUGACAUGGAAUAUCGCCGCAUGA